AUGGUAAAAUUAGAAGAGGAUCCUCAAUUUUUAACAAAUAUCCUUUGGACUGAUGAGGCGAAAUUCCACAAUAAUGGACAUGUAAAUCACCACAACAAUCACUAUUGGAAUCAUUCAAAUCCCCACUGGAUAAAUGAGACCAAUAAGCAAGUUCGUUGGAGUGUGAAUGUUUGGUGUGGGAUUAUUGAUGAGCAUUUAAUUGGUCCAUAUUUUUUUGAGGAAAAUCUUAAUGGCAAUAAGUAUCUUGGUUUUUUGAAAGAUGAUAUACCCAUACUAUUGGAAAAUAUUUCACUUCAGCAGCGUUUGAAUUUGAUUUGGCAGCAAGAUGGUGCACCAGCACAUAAUACCUUGGCUGUACGUGCAUACCUCAAUAAGAUGUAUGGAGACAAUAACUGGUUUGGAACUCACAGCCCCAUUAUUCAAUGGCCACCUCGUUCCCCCGAUUUGAGUGUUCUUGACUUCUUUUUUUGGGGCCAUCUAAAAAAUGAAGUGUAUAAAGAAAAAUGCAAUAGUGUGGAGGAACUUAAACAAAGAAUAAGAUAUUGUUGCAACAAAAUUGAAAACUCAAUAUUGAAAAAAUCCACUUCCUCUGAAGUAUUAAAACGUCUACAUUUUUGUUUAACUGAAGAUGGCAAGCAAUUUGAACAUAAGCUUAAAUAUAAACAACAUGUAUUUUUUAUUCAAAUUGUAUACAAAUACAUAUAUUUAUGUAUUAUAAUUAAUGUGUUAUGUGUAUGUAUGUUACAUUUUUUCCAUUCUUAA